UACAGUUAUUUUUAAAUGGGUGUCUCUAACCUCAUCUCUCAUUCACUGCUCUUCCUUUCAUUUUCUGCUAUUCAGUGCUUAGAUGUCAUACUGCUCCUUCCUACGGAGGGUCUUCGCGUUGGCCUUACGCUGUAUCUGAGAUGCUCUUCCCACCAUCCUGUAGAUUUGAGUUCACACCAUUCCACAACUACCCGUGGGACGCCCGGUGAUUCUGGACAAGGAUUGAGAAGGUGGAUCAAGCAGGUUUUAAAUCAAGAUUUAACAUUCCAACACAUAAAAAUUAUUUAUCCAACAGCUCCUGCCAGACCCUAUACUCCUAUGAAAGGAGGAAUCUCCAAUGUGUGGUUCGACAGAUUUAAAAUAUCUAACGACUGCCCAGAGCACCUUGAGUCCAUCGAUGUGAUGUGUCAGGUGCUUACAGACUUGAUUAAUGAUGAAGUAAAAAGUGGCAUCAAGAAGAAUAGAAUAUUAAUAGGAGGCUUUUCCAUGGGAGGGUGCAUGGCGAUGCAUGUGGCGUAUAGGAAUCACCAAGAUGUGGCGGGAGUGUUCGCUCUUUCCAGUUUCCUGAAUAAAACCUCUGCUGUUUACCAGGCUCUGCAGAAGCGCGAUGGGGCGCUCCCCGAGCUGUUCCAGUGCCACGGGACUGCUGACGAGCUCGUCCUUCAUUCUUGGGGAGAAGAGACAAACUCGGCCUUACAGUCUCUAGGGCCACUGAAUCAAUCAUUUCUCCAAGGCCUGCUGGUUCUAAUUUCAUGGAACAUGAAAUUUAGAAAUCAAGAUCUAGACAUUGUCAUCAAAUGGCUACCAGAGGGCCAUUUGCAUUCUCACCCCCCAGAAUUCGGUGCAAGAAGCAAGAGAAGGUGUGACAUGAGAAAGGUCUCCUCGCUUCUCCUUUUUCAAAUCAUACAGCGUCAGGAUUGGUGAAUUCCCCUGACCUAGCUAACAUCCUAUUUAAAUUUUCCAUAAAAUAAAGAAAAUGGAAAAGAAGGAUCUCUAGUAUGAUAAUGAUUCGAAGUGACAAGAGGAACAGUGCUGCUUCAAUCCCAGGAUCAAGGAGAAAUCUUUCAAUAAGUGACAACUAAAUAUGAUAGAGAUAUUUUGUAGAUGCCCUUCAUUAAAUUAAGGAAGUUUCCUUCUAUUCCUAGAGUCUGAGUGUCUACCAUUAAUGGAUAUUGAAAUUGUUUGGCAUCUGCAGAGAAGAUAUGAUUUUUCUCUCCUUUUCCCUUACUGUGAUAAAUGCAUUGAUCAAGUUUUGAAUUUGAAAGCCCAUUUGGUCAUGAUGUACUAUUCUUUUUAUGUAUUGCUGGAUUUCGUUGGAUAAUAUUUUGUUUAAAAUUUCUCAUCUAUUUUCAUAAGAUAAAUUUGCCUGUAAUUUUCCUUUUUGUAAUGCUCUUAUCAGGUUUUUCUAUCAAAGUUUAAUUGCAUCAUAAAAUGAGUUGGGAAGUGUUCCUUUUUUCCUAUUCUCUAGGAGAGUUUUUAUAAUAUUGGUUUUAUUGCUUCCUUAAAUGUUGAGAGAAUUCACAAGUGAAACCAUCUGGGCUUGGCGUUUUCUUUGUGGGGAGGUUAUUUAAUAACUAAUUCAAGUCCUUAAUAAGAAAAGGACUAUUUUGAUUUUCCCUUUAUUCUUGUGUUAUUGUUGGUAAGGGGUGUCUUUCAAGAAAUGUGUACAUUCUAUUUUAGUAAUUAUUGACAAUUUAGAAGUGUUUUAAAUUUUCAGAUUUAUUGGCACAUAAUUAUAAUUUUCUUUGAUUCAAUUUGAGUAUCUGUACAAAAUGUAGUGAUGGCCCCUUUUGUCAGAGGACUAAUUUUCUUUCUCUCUCUCUCUCUCUCUCUCUCUCUCACUCUCUCUCUUUCUCUGUCUCGUUAGUCUUGCUAAUUUUCCUUUUGAAAUAACCAACUUUCUGCUUCAUUAAUCCUUUGAUCGCACACUUGUUUUCAAGUCUCCUUAAGUGCUACUCUAACCUUUAUUAUUUCCUACCUUCUUCUUUGGGUUUUACUUGUUGAAAUCUGUCUAUUUCUUUAAAAUAGAUAUUAAAUUACUGGCUAAGCCUUUCUGCUUUGCAAUAUAUGUGUUUAUACUACAUGCUUCCCUCUGUGCAUGACUUUAGCUACAUUCCACAAGUUGUCAUAUUUUAAUUACCAUUGAAUUUAAAUUGUUUUUUAAUUUCCACAGUAGUUAUUCUUGAUUCAUAAGUUAGAAGGAAGUAUGUUCCUUAUUUUUGACACAUUUAGAGAUUUUUCUGGCUAUCUUUUCUUUUUUGUCGCUCCAAGCCCAUGGUGGUCAGAGACUAUACUGCAUGAUGUCAGCUUUUGAAACUGAUUGGGGCUUUCCUGAAGGCCUGGUAUUCUGUUGAUUUUAGUAAAUGUCCCUCGUGCACUUAACAUCAAGUGUGUGUUUUAUUAUUAUAGUUUGUCAAAUAGAUCAAGUUUCUUAAUUAUCUUUUUCAAAUGCCCUAUAUCGUUACCGACUUUUUUGGUCUCCUGUUUUAUCUUUUUAAAAAAUUUAAAUAUUAAAGUCUUUUGCUGCUA